AUGUCCGCUUUGGGCUUCCGUAGUGAAUGGAUAAAUAAGACUUUUUCUUUACUCGGCGCUGACAGGUGAAGGCUGUAAUUAUCAGUAAUUUACUGCCGGCGCCUUCGUCCCGGACUUUGUUAUCCGUCUUUCCGUCCCUGGUGAGGAAGAGGAGGAGGAGAAGGAGGGGGAGGAGGGCUGGUAUCGCCGCUGUGAUGGGACUACAAAUCCGUUAGUACCCACAGCCUCCUCCUCCUCUUCCAUCAUGGCUCCCCAUAUGGACAGACUGGGAUACUGGGGGCGUGUGACCUCAACGAUUGACUGGUGUGAAGAAAAUUAUGUCGUGUCCUUUUACAUCGCCGAGUUUUGUAAGUAACAACAUAACUGCAGCGUGUGUGCUGAAAAUGUGAAUAUGGGUUUGGUUGUAGAGGACUUUGACGGAGGACAGUCGGACGGUGUAAUGUACAGUCGACCCUAAACGACGUAAACAUGAAGUCGGAGCAGCAGCUGGAUCAAUAACUGUGUUAUAGUCGUUGUUAUCGGAACAGCUAAUGACCUGCACCUUACCUGUUAGCCUACAAGCUAACGCCAGUUGACACGGUGUUAAACAAACAGGAUCUCUAAUAAAGGAAAACAGACCUGUCACUGCUUUGCGUAAAUAUCUCACUAACAAAGACACAACUCAUCGUUACCUUACAUGUUAUUCUAUCAUAAUCAAUGGACAGGUCCUCUGUGUCUUCCUCUUAGCUUUAACAGUGUCAGGCUCAACUUGAAACUUGAUCAAAUGUUUCCUCGUUACUAUCAAGGCGCCUCUUUGCUUUGUCUAACGAUAAAAAACUGGUUUCUCAGGAGCCUUUAUCUAAAGAUUCAGACAUGGUUUGAGCUGCCAUGUCAGCAAGACCUCAUGAUCAAAUGUCCUGUUGCAUAGGACUGAGCUUUUACUUAGUGUGAAACAGGAUUUGUUUAAACAAAUUUAGCCAAAACAGUGUGAAGUAAUUUAAGGUUUGAAUAACUGAUACGGAUAAAGCUGCUGCGGGGAGCUUUUGCUGCAGAAAUGAACAGUAAUACCAUUUUAGGAACCACAGAGGCAAACAAGACUAUUACAGCAAUUAAGAGCCAUUAGUAGCAAUUUUUUAGAUUAAAGCUCCUGUGAAGAGUUUUUUGACAUCAGUGAAAUAGGCUGACAUUUAUAUGAAUGCCAAGACCAGUAACAACAAGUCUGAUGAUUUUUAUACUGUACUUUUUAAUUGCCUUAAAUUGGUGCAGGCUGUAGGCGUUAAUUAUACAGAUGUUUCCACAUGACUAUUCACAUGAAAUGAUAUAUUUGACUGUCAAGUCAGCAGGAUACAAAUUUGUUUUUGUUGUUUUUGUUGUCCCUUGUUAUGCCUGUAUUAUUGCCUGUUUACUGACUGCAUCUGUUCAAUAACUAAGAUAUAUAAAAGUGAAGUGGACAUCUUCAGAUACCAUUUUUUGAGUUCCUGUUUCUCCAAAAUUUACAACUUAUAAUUUGCUUCUUUUUUUAUGCCACUUUGCUGAUUUAUUCUCACACAGUUGUGACUUUAACUUGUUUGUGACUCUGUUUUGAAACAGUGGCCAUAAUGGUUUUCUACAUGGCUGUAAAAAAAGGAAAGAAAUAAACCACAUCUUACUAAAUCCUUCAUGGAUCAGCAGACUUAUUCUGAUCAGCAUGUCUGUAGAUUAUAUUUAUUCUGAUUUGGCAUUUUUUUUUAAAAUUCUAAUCUGUUGAUGUAUGGUGGCACUGCAAAUGUUGUCUGCAAGACACUUGAUGCUACCCGCCAGGUAGCGUAUGUUUGUAGUCUGCAUGCUACUUUUUGGAGGUGACACACCGUGUUUUAAAUGUAGGCCUUUGUGUAGGCUUGUACAAAUUAAAUCAUGUUGCAUAGAGGUAUUUAUCAGGCUUUAGUCUUCCUUUUUCUGUAUGAGUUAACAAAGGUAAAACUUUGAUAAUUUCUCAGAAAUUUAACUUUAAUCAGUUACUUUCUUCACAGUCUGUUGUUGUUUAUAACCUAUGUCUUUAUUUGUUUGUUCUAUUUCAGUUAACAUAACAUGUCUUUGGUAAUUUAAUUGUCAUUAAUUGUGUUAGCCUUCCCUGUUGACAUAACCUUGGUACAGAGGUCAUAGUCAUUAAGAAUGAAAGCUUUAACAAUGAAUUAUCAGAACACCUGUCUUAUCAGAUUUUUAUGAUUUUCAGAGGAGUCCACAGUGUGAGCGUGACCUGUUAACCCCAAACUAUAAAGGCCACAUAGUCAACAGUGUGAAGGCUACUUUCAAAUGAAGAAGGCUAUGUAGGCAAGAUAUUCAAUGUCCUUUUUACAGUACAUGAACUUAUUUAGACAGCUCUUUUAAUGAACACCUGCAACUGUAACUUGUUCUUUGGCUAGAAAUAAGGUUUGGGAUGCUAUUUGUGUCCUGAAAUUGUUAUUGUUUGGGUAGGAAAUUAGGGUCAAGGAUGAGGGGAAAAAAGAAAGCAGGGUGUUUUUAUUUAUUAUUAUUUUUUUGUUUGUUUGCUUUCUGGUUGGUUGGGUAACAUUUACUUUGUAUGUCUAUUUUUGGUAAACAAAAUUUGACAAAUGGGGGAUCAUACUGUAUUUAUUGUGUCUCAGAGUAGAGCUGUCAUGAUAUCAGAGUGGCAUAAAAUGUCACAAUAACGACAUUAUUGUUAUAUCUAUGACAAUUUGUAAAAUGAAAUGGCAUAAUCAGUUAAGUUGAGAAGGGGGAAUACAUUUAUGAAACUUAUGAAACUUUUAUAGCAAUCACAGUUACCCUACAUGUUCCUAUCUAUUUCUGAUAAGGCUCAAAUUUAUGAAUUUAUGAGUUCAUGAAAUGUAAAACUUCAAAAACAAAAACAUUACCUUACAAAUGAUUAUUUGUCAUGCUUUUAAUUUGAUAUUUAUUUCCAUCUUACGCUGAGGUUCUUUUUUUACUUGCAACUAGGCUUUUGUUUCAAAGUGGAUCUUGUAGAUCCUAAGUCAUGGAACUGAAUAAACACAGCAAAAAGUAUGAUUACAGAUGUUCAACAAAUUAUAAAACCACAAUAUCUAAAAUCAUGUUUGGAUUCACAAUAAAUGUUAAGAUGUGAGCUUUUUAAAAGUGCUCAGUCAUCUCUCGGAGGGCUGCUACAGCUAGCUCUCUAUUGUAAAGAACCCUUCACUACUCCUCUAGUCCAGGUUGAGUUGACUUAGUAUGCUUAUUUCUUUAGCAGGAUUUCAAUAUUUAAUGUUUAAAAAUAUUGUGACAGCCCUACUUCACAAGAGCUUUUGUCUUUGAAGGCCGCUCUCACAAUAAUGGAAAGUGUGAGCAGGGGCCAUCUUGAUCUAAAAUUUGUGGGUUAGAGAUUGCUGUGUAUUGUUCUUUGUGACACCUACCCCCUCACAGCAGUUACCAGCAUUAAAAUUUACAGCACAGACAUUUUCAGUCUUCUUGUUGAUGGCCUUGUUUGCUUUUGUAGGUAACAAAGGAGCAUAUUCAAUUCAGUCAGUUUCAUGACCAGUUAAAAAACUCCUCACAGGAGCUUUAAGUGUUUUUUUGUUUGGUGUACGAUUUAAACAGUCUGUUGGAAGACCAACCAGCUACUGCAACCACAGGGUCUGUGUUGUUCAGAUACGAUGUGAUGCAACAGAGAGUUCAAAGUAAACCUUGAACAAAUGGGUCAGAGUUUAGUUGAUGAUUGCUUUUUGAUUUUCUGUGUAUGUUUCCUGAACUACAUCUUAGUUUGUUUUUCUAAAGAGCCGCCUUCAGUCUUUAUCUUGGUACAUUUUGUAGGCCUGCUGUUUGUUCGCCUCUCAGCUUAUCGUAUUCAUAUUCAUUUCAGUGAAACAUUUCCAAACAUUGGCACUGGCUGGACUCCAGCAUAUCCAGGACACUGACAGUUGAAGCUUUUGUUUACACAACCGACACACGCUGGCCUCGCUGAGUAAUUGUUUUCAGCCACAGAAGAAUCGUUUGGCAUUUGAAUAGUGAUCCAGGUUACAAUGGCUGGAAUGUGCCAUUGUUUGCGUAAAAAAACAUACAGACUUCGCUCUAAUUCUCAUUUGAUGUAUGCUUUUGUGCAUCUCUGUUUUUAAAGAAGUAGUUAAUGGUGAUGUAGAAGGCAGGGGUAGACCAAAAGGAGUCUCAUUACCUUUCAUUUGCAGAUGACAUUGAAGUGUGAAACACGCAGCAGUUAUGUGCUGUGGUCUUUUGGUGCAUUCAUUAUCAGCAGCCAAAGUCCAAACAUUUUCAGAUUAUCAAUCAAAAGGCUUCAAGGGAGUACCCUGACUAUUAUCUGACACCCGCUGAUAAAAGGAGAGCUUCAUGUCGGAUAUGAAAAUAGGCCACUUUGUCAGACUCAGCAGUAUCUUUUCAAAGUAUUUUAUAUCCUGGUGAGCUUGAUUGUUUUCCGUGACUGAGUUUGUACAUCACCACACCCUGGAGGAGUAAAGCUAGCAAGUGUUUAACAUUAUUCUAUUAGCUUUACUGUGGACUGAUGAUGUGUACCAAUACUACAGUCAGUAUGCAGUAAUGGCCCAGGGGAGUGAGUUUUUUUACACAAACAUAUUCACCUGUUAAACUGUAGCCCACUUUCACAGAUAAGGAUCUUGAAAACUUUUGCUUGAGGCAUCUUGAAGUUGGUUAGCUUGCUGAAGGAUUUUCAUCUUCAUACCCCAGGUUUUCUUUGCUGUUUUCAUCUUAAAACUGAGAAACAGGGCCAUAUCAUCAAAUUCCACCUUAUACAGAUUAACAUCAUCAUCACUUGACUAAGAAUAACAACAGUCCAAAAGAGUGGAGGAAUUUCAUCACCAAUAUUUCUGCCAGUUAGUGAUUAUAGUAUUUUAGCUAGCAAAUCAGCUGAUAUGGAAAUGGUGUGAUUGUUCUUAGAUUUGCUAAGGUUUACAUGUCAAAAAAAAAAAAAGAAAAGAAUAACAUGUAAGCAUUAAAAAGAUUCUGUGCAGCAAAUAAAUGAACAAGAACUCCAUUUGAACACGACAGUCAUUGCUGAAAACGGCAAAGUAGCAUCGACUUCUGGUAAAAUAUAUUGUUGUUCCAGUUUAUGAUUAUAGUAUCACACCAGUAAAUAAACCUGUACUCAAUUGCUACCUAAUUCUACAUUUAAGACUAUUUCUGAGGUAUUAUUAUAACUGUUAAAGUAUUAAAACAACUUAAACUACCACAAUUACCAAUUGUCAUCAGCAACUUUUCAGACCACAAAACUGAUUGCAUCAUUUCACAAAAUUUCUUACCAUUUAUCAGGCGAUAUCAAAUCCCACCCCACCCUGUCAUAUUCUAUCAUGUUAUAUUUUAUCAUAUUGUACAGUGUGGUAAGCUAUGCCAUGUUGUAUGGUGUGGAGUAAAGUAUCUUAUCAAACUAAAUCUUAUCUCAUUGUAACAUAGGUGUAUCAUUGUGUUCAUCAGAUUAUUCCUCUUAUUGUUAUGACUAAUAAUAGAAACAUGGUAUUUUUUAAUCUGGUACAUAUUAGGCCAGUUUUUCAUCAUAGAUAAUGAUGAAGUCACAGAUGCUCAAGUAUGUCAGUAUGAUGAGGCUGUUACUAAAAUACAGAAGAUCUAUUUACUGUGGAAGCAAACAUAGAAGCACAAGAGUGUGCACAAACUCCUCAUGCAGUGAUCGGGUUUCUGUAAUAAGAUACGGCUCGUGGUUGUUUUAAUGAUCAAAAAUAUGUAACCCAGAAUGUUCCCCUAAGCUCUGACUGCUCUCACAUCACCCUUCACAGAGACAUUCAAAAGUUCAUAUGGUCCAACCCAUUUCCCCAGGCUCUAAUUCAUCUCAUUUGCCUUUUCAACAGGGAACACUGUCAGCAACCUGAUUAUGAUUCUUCCCCCCAUUUAUGGAGCCAUCCAAACAUUUCGGGACGGUCUUGAGUUUCGCUACGUCUGCUCUUUUCUUGGACUCUCAGGUUAGUCUGUUAGAAACAUGUUUUACUUUUCUAUACUCUAAAACAUACCCACACAAACAUGGCAUCUGCUUCCAUGUUUGAAGUGAUGACCAACUGAAACCAAUUGAAUGUGUUAAUUACUUGCCCCAGGUAACUGUCUUACUGUGUGAUGGUGAAAGUAAUCAGGCUUUUAAUUAUUUCAUUUUAUUUAUUUUCUGUGUGUCCCUCAGUUGUUGGUGUUGGUUCCUGGUGCUUCCACAUGACGUUGCAGUACAAGAUGCAGGUGGGCUUCAGUCUUUAUUUUGAACCCUUUGUAUGUCGGCAGCAUAACUUCACACUAAAUAUACAUAGAGUUAGUUUAUUGUUGCUUUUGAAAAAUUUUGUAAAAUAAAUAUUGGGUAAAACCGCUGCUACCUUAACCUAAUGUGAAGUCAUGCUAAAAAUGUAAUCCUACACUAUCUCACUAUUCAGCAUUUUCUCUUUGUUAUUUGCAGUUAAUGGACGAGUUACCGAUGAUUUACAGCACAUGUGUCUUUGUCUACUGUCUGUAAGUAGCUCCACCUUUCUUAUUUACUAAAUUCUUACCAAAAUGGCAGCUUGAAGUCGCACCAGUGAAAUCCAUACUGAAUCCUUGAUGUGCAAUGAGGGACUUGACAUGUUCUAGUGGCUGUAAGAUGAACUGACUCUGACAUGCUUCAGUCAUUUGUUUAAGAGAUUUGAUUAUUUUCCUACAAUAGUUGUAUUUAGUGGUAUCGCUCUGUCCUAAGAUUUCCCUGCUCUGCUACAUGGAGUGCCUUGAGCACAGUGCCCCAUCAUUUCAUACAAAAACAUAAAAAGCUAAAACAAGAAGAGCAUUGGAUGGAGCUUCCAUUUUGACUUGAGUGUCAGCUGAUUUGGGCAGGUUUUAGAUGUGAUAUUAUCACGAUACUUGGGCCACAAUACAAUACAUGGGAUUUUUAACAUUUUUCAAUACGAUUUAUUGCGAUUUAUGUAAUUUUUUCAACUGUUAAGCUAAUUUAGCAUUUGUCUUUUCUUUAUGUUUGUCUUAUUUAUGCUGUAUUUUAUUUUCAUGUAGCACGUCUUUCAAACCUUAAAUAUAUUUGUUACACUAACUUUCUCCUGCUCUAUGAUGUCACCUCUGCCAACCUCACUGGACAAACAGUUAAUUUUUUUCUUCCAUUAUCAUAGAUUUGACUUCAUAUUAGCAAUUAAUUUGAAAAAUUGAUACUUGGUGAAUGAGACGAUACGAUAUAUCACCAGUCAAAAUACUGCAAUACUACACUGAAUCGAUUUUUUCUCCCACCCUUACUGAUUAAACACACUUCAUUCUAAAGGAAGGACCAGUCAAAUUUGAUUUGACUCUUUAUUACUGAGGUUGGAUACAGUGACAGGGGCUCUGUUCUUAACUCUUAGAUCUACCUCACCCCUCUGCUUAACUCCACCAGCCCGAUAUAGGGGGAGUAACCAGGACAUCUCAGGGCCAGUAGCCUGACUCUUUAGAAGAAGCACUAAAUGCAGCUACUAAACCUCAGAUCCUGAAAUAAAAGGAAAAUGAAUGCCAGAGUGUUUGUGACACCCAGGCUGCUUCAUCUGCUCAUGCACAAAGAUCUCUUUAGUUCUGGUUUAUGAGAGGGCCAAGCUAUUUUGCAUGGGGUCACCCCAGCCUGUAGUUGGCACUCUACAGGGAGUCCAGCUCCCCACAGAGUGUUCAUCUCUUUAGAGAGCUGAUCUGAAACAGCUCUGUCUAAAAUAUGCAUUCUUGUUAGUUACUGUAUUUAUGAAAAUAAUCUGAACUGCUCUCCCCUCUGAAGAGUUGAAAGAGGCUGGAUACUUUGCCCCAAACUUUCUAUUCCUGUCUGGAGUCUUGUCCAUGUCUGAGUCCAAGUCUGUGGAGCAGCACCCUCCCUGGGACAAUGAACUAGAUUGAGUUGGCAGCCUGUGCCCUGUCAGUGUCUAGAGAGCGGGGAUGUUCUGAGGUGGCUUAUCUCCCAGUUGUUCAAACGGAAAUUUAAAUUCUGACUGACUGAAGGCAGGAAAACGCUACGUAAGCGUGGAGUACAAUUUAUUUAACACAAACGAACACAGGAUCAUAAAGUCAGCAGAUAGUCAAUGUACUUGCCAAGAGUAACUGCUGUAAACACAACUAGCACCACCAGCCUGCGGUCCUCCUUGCGCGCAUGCUCGUGUGGGUGAGACAUCACUUUGCUGAGUGGUUAUUUUGCCACUUUAACCAGACACAGCUUACAUACAACUUCAUCUUUUUUAAUUAAUGAAUAAUAAAUGAAUAUACUAACAAACCCCACUGCACUACCAGAUCCCGUCUGUUUAGAUCCAGAUAACAGAGCAUUACAGCAGUGAGGCAGUGACUCUUUUAACCAAAGCUUCAGGCCUGCAGAGGUGGGUGGCUGUGUAACCUCACAGACACAUCCUAUAACUGUUAUUUCAGGCCGUAAUUACAUAAAUAUGAGAUAUUCUUGCAACAGAAAAUGCUGGCUCUAACUUCUGUGCUUUUUAUUGUUUACAGUUUGAAAGACGAGUAUGUAAGACUAACAGCUGUUUCAUUUAUUUUUAGAUAUGAGUGCUUCAAACAACAGAACAAGAUUGGCUUUAUUCCUAUUGCAUUAUUAUUAUUCUUCAGUGUGUCAGUCACUCUGGUGAGUAUCUGGUCAUUUGUUAAUUAUUUGUCCUAAAGGCAACAUUUUACCUCAACUAAAAUGGACUUUAUAUCCUCUUGAGUAGUUCCUGUGUUUCUUUUGCAGGUAUACCUGCAGUGGAAGGAGCCAGUCUUUCACCAGGUAAGGGAGGGUCGUGUGUGUGUGUGUGUGUGUGUGUGUGUGUGUGUGUGUGUGUGUGUGUGUGUGUGUGUGUGUGUGUGUGUGUGUGUGUGUGUGUGUGUGUGUGUGUGUGUGUGUUGCUCACCUGGCUCACAUUGCUUAUUGUUUGCUAUUAGGGCUCAGUGUCCCUCAAGUCAUUUGAACCUAGUGUAAACAUUGGGCUUGCCAGCACAGCAUGCAAGAGUCAUUUCAGUCCUUGCUGGUUUUCAAACAUAAGGUGGUGUCUCAUAUGAAGGCGGAUAUGCAAAAUACAAAGUCAAAUGGUAUCUCCUGGUUCACAUGCUUCUGUAGUAUAUAAAGUAAACACACAUACUGUGAUUAAAACUCUAAAUCCUGAAGAGUUGGAUUAAACCACAGGUAACGCCUGUUUCCAUUGAGACCCUUCAAACCUCAAACAAAUACUGUUACCUUUACCAGAGUCCCUCCUCUCACACAGGAACUAUGUGACAAAGCUGCCUGUGUUUACUCUUAGAGUUGGCUGUGUUUAGUAACUAUGCAGCUGUAUGGUGGUACAUAAAGAGAUUGAUAAUAUUCCUGUUUGAGCAAAGAAAAUGAGCACAUAGAGUUGGUUUAAUUUACCACUCUGUAACUUUGUCAGUGUGUCCGAACUUUUUCACUUAAAAAAUAUUAGGGUGUUGAAUCCCACAACUCAAUAUUCUUAUAACUCCGAACUGGUCUGUAUAUGUCUUGGGUCUUGAUUCAAUAUCAGUUGUUAUUUGAGAACUUUACAAUUGGUGGCUGUCAGUUUGACAUAAAUGCAUUCCCUGCAGACUAUCCUCUAAAGACCAGAUUCAUGAAGGGUUUGUAUGGCUUUGGUGUCAAGUAAACCUGAGCAAAAUGGCAUCAUCUAACUCACGGAACAUGUGCAUAUAGUUAAAUGCCCUACAAACCGAACUGAAGGGCUUAUAGUGUCACUGUGAAGUGAAGUUAGCAUACUUCAUCUGCAAAUAAGCCUAACCUUUUACUGCAUCAUGCUUACUGUGUUUUGUUAUAUAUAUGUAUAUAUAUAUAUAUAUAUAUAUAUAUUUAUAUUUAUAUAUGUAUACAUGUAUAUAUAUAUAUAUAUAUAUAUAUAUAUAUAUAUAUAUAUAUAUAUAUAUUGGAAAGUAGGGUAGUUAUGUUUUGUAAAAUUUGUGUCACAUCGGCCCUGACUGGACUCUGUUAUAACCUGGUAUGAAUUGCUUUUCUCUCUUCAGCUCAUCAUCUGUUUGAUAGAAUGUUGUGCUAUCAGAAUUAGAGUGCACAAUGCAGCUCUGCACAGUAGAGAGUAGGAAUGAUUUCAGCUCUUCUCCAUAAAGAAAAAACAUAAAAGAGGAACACUUGAGCAGCAGAAUUUUGUGGUGUUUUUGUUCUUGAAUAUUACAAGAUGCUUUGCAAAUUCAACCUUGGGGCGGAGCUGAUAGUGGGGGCAAAUUAUGUACAAUUAUGUACAAUAGAGAAUUUAGCAGCAUGUUUCAAGCUAUUUAACCAGUGUUAUUUUUCUGAGUUUAUGUUACUAGCAGCUUGACGUAAAGCUUCCCAAACAGUGCUGAAGAGAUAUCUGUGAAUAGUUCGGCUCCUGAUAUUUCAGUGAAAACCUUUUGAAUGAACUGUGAGCACUUAAGGAAUUCUAGCCUAAACACAAGCCCAACACCUAAAAAUGAGCUGUCAGCAACUCACCCUGCAGCCCUGACAUCCUGUGUGUGAUGAUGGGAAAACACUGAUGUUUAACGUUGAACUGCUUUAGUCAGGGUUUUUUUUUUUUACCGUUUCUGUUUGCUUUAGAGAGGAGGAGACAUUUGCGUACAGUUUGACUGACAGUAAGCAUGUUGUGAACAACAACAAUUGAAGGAGUCUUUUUGCAAAGUUUACAGCCUCAGGGGAAAUGCUGAACCAGCUCUCUUACACAUAAUUACCUACUUACACAUUUUGUUUACAGCAGAACUUAACAUGUUUACACAGUGUUACAAACCUACCAUAGUUUUUGUUGGCAAAAUGUAAGUCUCAGUUUGGACAAAGAAUAAGACAACGGUUAAAUUUACAACUGGUUCUGCCUCUCUGUUAUGUCUUCCUCUUCCAGGUUAUGUAUGGUACUCUCGUAGCUUGUCUCGUGAUAAGAUCCAUCUACAUUGUUACAUGGUACGUAACUAGUCCAAGGGGACUGUUAUUAAAGCAAUGAAAUCUGAAAUAUGAAAGGUAAUAGUUUUAACACUGAACAGAAUAACAAGCUUCUGUUUUUUUUUCUUUUGUUUUAAUGUCAGGGUGUAUCCAUGGCUCAGACCACUGUGCUACACCUCCUUGGGGAUCUUCAUGUUAGGGUUCUUCUUUUGGAACAUGGACAAUUUCUACUGCGGGACAUUAAGGUGAGAGUUUGUCACAGUGCAGUACCAGAGACCUUUGUGAUUUUAGGGGAAUGUGCUCAAAGUUCAUUUUUAAACCCUGACAGUAGAGAGUAGUUUAGGUUUAUUGGAGUUACGAAAAAAUGAUUAUAUCAAAACUCAGUGAUUUGUAGAUGUUAUCUCCCUGUUACUUUCUUUUUUUUUCCAUUUCAAGGCAAACUAAUCUAAAAUAGAUCCGUCCAAAUGCAUUUUUUUUUACUGUGAGUAGAGCUGCUCAGUUUAUCAGGUUUUAAAUUAAUGUUAUAAAUGUGUGCCUCACCUGUAAAAACAAUAUGGCUCGUUUUAAGAAAUGAAUAACCUUGUUUAAUUUACGUCACAAGCUACAGGCUACCAUCUUCUUUUUGUAAAUUCUGAUGUAUAACUUAAUCAUAUUCAUCAGCACUUAGGUAUACAACCCAACUUUUAUAUUGGAAAGUUUCACAUUUAUUCCAGUUAUAUGACAACAGGUGAUCUGCCUGUCUAUGAGGCUUUUUUAAUAGCAUAUCCAUAAAUAAGAGGGCAGAAGGAACAUCAGCACCAAAGCAAGCUAAGAGCAAAGGGAUCAGGUGUGUGAUAGUAAAGCAGAGGUGCAGAUUGAGCACAGAGAAGCUAGUUACAGCAUUAACUAGGGUUUAUGAGUUAAUGAUUGCAUGGUGAACAGUGACUGACUGUCACAACUCUAUUGAAAUUAAUGCUUGUAGCUAAAACUACCAAAGCAGGUUUUUUUGUCUUCUCUGGCCCCUGCAACAGGUAAGACACAGUAAAACUGUUGUCUUUAAAGUUAAUCUUUAACUGCGAUGAAUGAUUAUUAUCUUAGUAUUGGUCAUGUCUGUCACUUUGGCUGUCAUUUUUCAAGCCCUAACAGUGGGAUAAGAAAAGAAACUGUACUUCAUAACUGAGUUAGAUAUAGUUCAUAGUAAUUGAUAAGCUUUUCAUUAUUCAGAAUUUUGCUGCAGCAUUUACCUUUAUAAUGUCUUACUGAAGGAAAUACAUAUUUUCACAGUUGAUUACAAACAGUUUGAUCAUAACUUUUGUUUAUUUAUUUAUUUUUUUUUUUUCAGAAAUGCCAGAUAUAACCUUCCCCCUGUCGUUGGAGCGGUUACACAAUUCCACGCCUGGUGGCACAUCCUCACAGGCCUGGGAUCCUACCUGCACAUACUUCUCAGGUGAGCUUUACAAAUAACAGUCCGCCGGAGCUUCCGGGUCAGAAAAACUGUGAUUUUUUUUUUGGUCAAACAGAUUCAUGUUUACAUCUUUAACAGCAGCAUAAGAAUUUAUUUACCAGCACUGACACAGUUUCCUACUAUUAUCAUGAAGAUAAAAAGAUGUCAUUAUCUAAACAGGUCAAGGUCAGUGUUUGACAUGAUAAUUUCCUGGAAAAACACUUGUGCGUGAUAGAUUUCAGUUCUUACGUUUUCAAAGGUUAAAGGUCACAUUAGUCUUAAUCUUGAAGAGGACAUACUUUUGCACCUCUGCAUUACAGCUGGAUUGAUUUUGUUAUUGUGUUCUCUUCUUCAAUAAUUGUGUUGUGAUCUUUACUGUUAAAUUAAGGUAAUGAGCAGUAUGAUUGUAAAUUUUCAUCUUGUUUUUGUGGUGGUAUGUCUUGGUAUCAUAAGAUGUAGAGGAAUCAUGUUGACAUAUAUUCACUUGUCCCCCUAAAACAAGCCUGUGAUAUACAGACUCUCACACCUGUGCCUGAGAGCUGAGAAAGAGGAUUUUAUAAAGUGUUGUGUGUUCAGAACUCACUGCUUUGCGGUUUCUAGCAGAAUCUCUGUGAUCUAAAUUAUUUCUCUCCUGCUUUCCGGUACUGUUGUGUUAAAAGAUGCAGUGGGUAGAAUGAGGAUAUUUAGUGACAUCUAGAGGUAAGAUUCUAUAAUGGAACGCUUCCCGGACAACCUCUCCUGUUACUGAGGCAAGCCAUCGGAGCCCAGAGCAAUUUAAGCAACAAAGAUGACGAGAUCCAAAACAGACACAAGCUUAGAGCUGAGUUCUGCGAUAUUGAUUAUGAGUUUUUGUGGUUGUUUUAGUACUGCUAAACAAAGCCAACACCUCUAUCGUAUUACAGAGUAUUAGGGCCUCAUAAAAAAGUUUUUAAAAGUCUUUUCUUUAGCAAUUAAAACCAUAAAAAUGUAAGUUUUUGUUACGGACAAUAAAGCCAUUGAAAAUCAAGUCAUAAUGUUACAAGAUCAAAGUCAUAUUGUCACAAAAAAGGUCCUCAUAUUACUAGAAUAAAGUCAUUAUGGUAUGAGAAUAAAGAAGUGAUGAAAUUGUAGUUUUGGCUCACAGUGAACAGUUAUGUUUUGUCUUCACAUUGUUUUAAGUAUCUGGACUCUGAAAAGACUGAGCACAAAGCUGAGAUGAGUGAUAUCCUCCUUCAAAACAGAAAUAAGAAGCUAAUCAGUGGCAAACUCUGAGUGUUGUAGAUAGUUGUAGCCAAUGCAACAUGGCAGCCUCCAGAGGGUGGACCUGCAAUUUGAUCAAUAUAAAAGACUUUUUGUAAGUCAUUGAAAAUUAAACAAUUGUGAUAUAAUAUUCAGUAUAAAAUUAUUACUUCUCCAUAAUUGUAAAAAUGCAGCUAAAUUCUUCACAGUGUACCUUUCAUUUACUGCCAUAAAGAUGUGUUAAAUAAGGGGCUUUUAUUUUGAAGUUUGUUGGAGGUGAAAUGUGUCCAUGAUCAAAUUAACUGAGCUUUAGUUGUGUUCUGAUUUAGCGGUGACUGUCUGGCAUUACAGUCACUAUUCCAGGGGGCAGCUAUGGCUAAGUAGCAGAGUCAGUUGUCUCUCAGUUGGAAGGUCAGGGGUGCAAGAUUAAAGGUGCAGGUAAUCCUUUUUGUAAUGAGGUGAGCCGAUAAACUUCUUUUGUUUGUUUUUUUAGCCUGCAGAUCAGGACAACCUACCUCAAGUACAGACCCAAAGUGAAGGUAUGUCUCUUGUCUCGAGGACUUUGAUGUUGUAGCUGUUAUGUAACUGAGGUCAUUGUGGGUUCAUUAACUUUCUUUCCUCUGUUCAGUUCCUCUGUGGAGUGUGGCCCACUUUGCACAUUGAACCACAGAAGACGAGCUGAUGUGAAGGGAUGGAGACCAACUUCAUGAUGGUGACUGCUGCCAUGUCUCAACACCAUCAGCACAGGGACCUACAAUGCCCCCUGCUGGAAACUCAGCACACAGCAAGGGGGGGAGGGCUCCACCCCUGGAGACCCCUUGGUUCUGCACUGUGGAGAUUUACUAAGUACAGCAUAGCACUGGGUCCAGUUUUAAGAAAUGGAAGAUUUUUUUUGUCUUUAAUCAAAAUUUAUUAGAAUAGCUUUUUGAAGUGUAAUCAUUUUAUUUGCUCAUUUAUUUUCAAUGCAAAUAGGGCGUAUAGUCCACUACAGAGGUUAAAGCUGAAAGGGUAAUGAAUGGGAUCUUAUUGUGAUUUGGGGAAAACAGAAUCUGAAUCAACACCAGUGUAAUCAUUGUUGUCUGUUUGAUCCUGCAGAGAUUUGACGCCUAGAGACAUCUAAAUAUACCACUCAACUCAAAAGUUUGGGCAUAUAUAUAGUUUUACAUGUAGCUGAAAGAGAUCUACUUACCCCACAGUGUUGUCGAAUCCCUUUUCAAGGCUAUUGUUUAGUUUUUUUUCAUGUGCUCAAAACAUGUGGGAUUGUGGCCUCCAGCAGGGGAGUCAGAGUGAUUCUGUUCAGCUCAGACGUCUUUGUUUGCUUUGCCAGAGGAUUCUUUUUUUUUUUUUACUUGAAAACAUGCCAAGACUGGAAUUAUUUCUUCAUUUCUUUUUUUUAUUUACUUUGCCAAAGUUGCUGUGGGAAUUGAAUUGGUCAUGUUUCGUGUGGGACCCAUUAAUCUUUGAGCUCAUUAUAAUCAAGAAAGGGAUGCAAUGCUUUUGAUUUUUGUUACACCGCCUCAUUAUACCGAAUUUUCAUUUUAUUCAGGACAGGGUUCAAAUUGUCCCACAACACAGAGCGGGUUAAACCACUUUCUUCAUCUCAAGUUUCCGUGGACAGAGAAACACAGUCACAGUCUUUAAAGAGAUACUGCACACAUAUUUGUGCUCCAGCCCACAGGGGUUGAGUGUUGAGUGGGUGGUUUCAGAAUCACAAUAAUCCUUCUGCAGGGUGUGUUAUAUUUGAAACAACAGAAAAGAAAACCAUGUUAGAAUCUACGGGGUAAGAUGAGACGCAAAUGACACAAAGUUUACCUUAAGCUACUUUCUGUGACACAGUUACUGUGCACUGCUGUCUUUAGAGGUGGGUGGAGUUAAAUUGUUUAUUUCUCAGAUCAAGAGAGGCAACCAUUUUCACAAAUAUUAUUAAUUUGCCAUUGUCUGAUGGGACACCAAGACUUUUUCCUCUUGUUUCAAAGGAUCAGUAGAAUAAGUAGAACAUCCCUGGAUAAAGUGCUCAGACACAGCCAGAGUCAGCUUUUUGUUCUCUGCUUUGUCACACUUAUCGUUCUUUAUCAAACCCUUUAUAUCGAGCUACACUAAUUCAUCAUGAACUAGUUGUUGAGUAGCAUGAAUAAUAAUUGCAGUGUUUUUUUACUAGUUAUAACAAAGCACCUCUGAAUGCCUUAUUCUGAAUGAGCUUUACUCUGCAGUUUUACUCACUGCUGUCUUUAUUCCUGCUUUUAACAAGCAAGAAACUUGAAGUGCACGAAAUGUGUAAUUAUUUUUUACACAGUUUGAUCCUAUUAGGUGUCAGAAUACAACAAGAUUAUCACCUCAAAUCACAGUAUAGUUUAUUUUUUAACCUGAGAAGGCAAUUUAAGGGGUCGGGACUGCAAACAACGCUAAAAUGUUCCCAUGUUUCUCACUCUUAAAUAAAUUUUCUACCACUUUUAAGUUGAUUAACUAGUUGCAAAACAAGUUGAGACUAAUUUGUUAAUGUGACCUCCAUCAACAAUCAGUGUAGUUAUUUGUGUACCAUACUGAAGAAACAGUCUUUCUUGACAUUUGCAGCUGCACAUCUUACCCAUGAGUGAGACACUGAAGAGUCAGAGGAAAGCAGGAUGACAUUUGGGUCAGAAAAUACUACUCUGACAUGAACAAGACAAGAUUGUACAACAACUGAUAACUUGUGUAUUUGUCAACAAGUGUACAAAACAAGUAUGAGACCCAUUGUUGAAUUUAGUCAUGCAGAAUAUGGCAUUGUUAAUACUUUGUAAUAACUAGUGAAGAGCGAGUAUGCUGCUUAUAUACAUGCAUAAGAGCAACUGGUGAUUGGUGACUAUGUGUAGCAUAAUAGAAGAUUUUGCAGUUUCAUUCAUUUUGUUUGAAAAGUUGAAGCUCUCCUGUCUCAUUGGAAAAAAAAUAAUUUUACUGAUUCUUGGACAUCCCCAUACCCCUGAGUGUUUAAAACGCAAAGCAAUUCUGGUAUAACUCUGCAUUCAAUCACAUAGUUUUCCAAGAUGGAUCCUAAUUUUCAAAUUUAUCAUUUUUAAAAGAAUAUUGUGUAAACAAGUGCUUUUUAGCAAAUCAAAUAUCCCUGGAAAAUAAUUUGUAUGUAAUCAAGUAAAAUGUUGAAAGCCUUUCUGUUUUAUUUUUGAUGAUUCAGAUGCAUAGUUCAUCAAAGUCGUAAGUCCACCAUCUCAGAUUUGUCACAAUAUUUCCUAAAAUUAAUCAAGAAAGGAUUCAAAAUCUUUAAUUUCUGAAGAGUAUGUCCACUUACACGUUCAGUAGGUGGUUGAGGCUCCUUUACCGCAAACACUUAAUUUGAUAGCUGAUGGGGGAUAUGAAACUGUUUCAUGAUAUUUAAAUUUACCGUGAUGCACCUUUUUAUGAAAAUUCGAAAGGCACACACACAGACACACACACGCACACGCACACACACACACUCUGUGGAGGACUGUAAAUUGAGCCAGUUCUAUGAAGCAGCCUCUAGGUGGCGUAAAUUUCCAGCUUAUCUCAGACAUUGCCAAGCAUGCCAGAGUGCAUUGCAGAACAAUUUACUGUAGAGCUUAGCCUCAGUUUUAAUGCACUGGAUGUGUCGUGUGAAGUGACGGGCUUUUCUUUAAGUUGUUUUAGUUUUGCUACUGUGAAAUCGUGAACAUGUAGACUAGGUAACUAUAGAAACUUGAGCUUAAAGUACAGUAGUUGUGUCAAAUUGGAAGAUGCACAAUAUUAUUGUUAUCUGUGUGGCCUCCUAAACUGGAUUGUUUCCUAAAACAUUCAAUAUUCUCUAGUGUAUUCAUAUUAGGUGAAACAUACUAACUCUGAUAUAACAGUGGUUUAAGUGUUACAGUCAUAAGCACAAUGUAUGGAAGAAAAGUAUUAGCAUUGUCCACGUCUGUGUUGAAUCAUUGCUGUUUGUCAUUUUCUUGACCUCAGUGCUCAUCAGUAGAGGUGACAGGGUGCCUUAUCGUUAUCUCUGCAGUGUAAUCCAAGUUGCCUUGACGUUCCUGAUAUACCAACAUUGAAAACUUUCCCACGUGUUGUGCGGUAUCCCCUCAAUAUAAGCAGUAAAUAGCACCAAGAGGACAAACAAAAACAGCUUCUGAUUCAAAGUCUGUCCUUUAAUUUAUUGGCCUUCCAUUCAUUUCAUGUGUCAGACAAUUGAGUUACAGGUUGUUCAAAUGAUGUUAACUGUAGCCGUGAGUGAUAAUACUAACAUGCUGAGGCCAAAUGAGCAAACUGCCAACUUUUUUGUUCAACUUUGGUCAUGUGCCAGUUUUAAACAAUGUUCUGUAUUGUCAAAUAAAAAGAUAAAAUGUCA